ACCGGUUGAGAUCGGAGCAAACACACUUACUGCGUUUUAAUGCGUCUUGUUAUUUAAGCUAGAAAAUACAUCCAGACCGGUUCCCGUCUGCGAGGGUUUAAAAGCGACGUACGGGGCGUAAAACAUCAUUCCCGACACAUCCCCUGGUCUCUCCUGAUCUCCUGGUACUCGUAUCCAAGAUGUUGAGGUUCUCGGUGUUGCUUCUGGUCGCGACGGCAUCAGCGCAAAUCCCUUCGCUAGGAUGGUGUCCUGAUUAUCAGCCCAUGCCCAACUUCAACGUGAACCGCUUCCUAGGCUCGUGGUACGAAGCCGAGCGAUACUUCACUGUAGCAGAGUUGGGUACCAGAUGCGUCACCACUAAGUACGAGAGCACCCCCGAAGGCAGAAUACUUGUCACUAAUGAGAUCACUAACUCAUUAACUGGAAUGAAACGCGUAAUGGAAGGAUCUCUUCAAAUGAUUGGUAGAGAGGGUGAAGGUCGUAUGAUCAUAAAGUACCCAGCAUUGUCUAUGCCUAAUGAUAAUGAAUACAGCAUCCUCGACACCGAUUAUGACAACUACGCAGUAAUGUGGUCCUGCAAUGGUAUUGGACCAGUGCAUAUCCAAAACGCUUGGGUCCUAACAAGAGAUCGUCUCGCGCCAUCAAUGGUGAUGCAAAGUGCAUACGCUGCAUUAGAACGCUACAAGAUCUCCAGAACUUUCUUUGUACGGACCAAUCAGGCGGAUUGCAGCAUCCUCCCCAACCCAGCUGCCGAUCCCCUUGAAAUCAAAAAUAAUGUCAUAGAAGUCAUGAUCGAUGCUAAAAACGUGCCUAUAUCGAAAGUCCCUUCAGAUGAAAUUCCAGUGGUUGAUGACAAAUUAAAUCCAGAAGUAAAAUCCGAAAAUCUUCAAGAACGUUCAGCCGUUCCAGAAAUUCCAGCUGAGUCCAAGCCAAUGAUGUUGCCAGAAAUGUCUGAGAAAAAAGAAGAGAAAAUGGAUAAGCCAGAAGAAAUGAAAGAUGAAAAAAUUGAAAUGGAAAAAGAAAUCAAGCUAAAACAAUAAAUAGCCUAAAACGAGUACAAUAGUUAAUAAGGGAUGUUCUAUUGUGUGGACUAUUAGUAUCUGAACAGUAUGACUAGCUCUAAAAAGCUUCUGUACCAAAUACAUCUUCCGACAUUUAGUAAUGUCAAUCAAAUCUCA